AGAAACUUUCUAAUUUCGUCAGACACCCAAGCCAGACGCCAUGGGCAAUAUUCUAAGACUGUUAGCGCGAGAUGAGCCCCCUGAUAACCCACAAGUAUACAUAAAUUUUGAAGAUGCACAGCCGACAGAGCAGGAGAGAGAAAUAUUUGAGAGGACGGCCGAUAUUCUCAUAGAACUAGACACCAUUCUACAGGAUGUACAGGAUUACAAAGGAGCAGGAGAAGAAAUCAGACAGGCCAUCACAUCGCCGCGAGACAACGACCUUCAACAGAACGCCUGGGCUUCAGUGUGCCCUCUGGUGGCCAGACUCAAAAGGUACUACGAGUUCUCGAUCAAGUUAGACAAAGUCAACCAGGAGCUCCUCAACGCACUGUGCAUCGGUGCAGAUUCCCCCGUGCAGCAGCUGGAACAGAAGCAAGCGCUUGCGAAGCAGUUCGCUCAAGUCCUCCACUUCACGUUAAAGUUUGAUGACCUCAAGAUGACGAAUCCAUCAAUACAGAACGACUUCAGUUACUACAGACGGACGUUAAGCAGAACAAAGUUGGCAAACCAGCCUGAUCCUAAUAGGGUAGCAGUGAACAAUGAGAUGGCCAAUAAGAUGUCAUUAUUUUACGCCCAUUCCACACCGAUGCUCAAGACCAUUGUAGAUUCAACAAUCAAGUUUGUAUCAUCGAAUAAGGAGGUCUGGUGCGAGAAGACUACAGAUGUUCUCAGUACGAUGGCACAGAUCUGUAGGGUCAUGAUAGACAACCCUGACUUUGUAGCUCGCUUCCAAGAAAGGAACACCGUUCUCUUUUGCCUGCGUGUCAUGGUUGCCCUCAUCAUCCUCUAUGAUCAUGUUCAUCCCGUCGGAGCCUUUGACAAGAGCGCCCCCAUCAACGUUAAAAGUUGUGUAAAAGUACUGAAAGAACAGGAACCAACAGAGGUUGAGCACUUACUCAAUGCACUGAGGUACAACUCAAAGCACCUCAAUGACCAGGAUACACCAAAUGGAAUCAGAAAAGUGCUGCUCGUAUCGUAGGCGACGUCGCCUUCGUCAUCGCCCUCGACGGCGUCAUCGAUGACGUCAACAUCACAGUCUCUAUUUUGUACAAAGCCCAUUCAUUCCUUUUUAGUAUCCUCUGUAUAUACGUCUUUUUUUUUCUUGGAGUGGAAGAGGAGAGGAAAAAUUUGAAAGAUGAAGAUGAAAAAUUAGUCGCAGAGAGUCGCAUCUCAGGAAUUUAAUUUCGAAGGUAGAUCAGCAUCCAGGGCCUUGUUUCACAAAGAAUUGCGUUAAACUGCAACUCAAAAAUCGAUCGCAGCUCUGAAAUAUGCCUGUGGGAUUGGAUGAAAAGCAAGUUGCGUUUGAUUUUUGGGGAGUUGCGUUUGAAUGCAACUCUUCCUGCGACAGGCCUUAGUUAAUGGAAGACAAAGCAGGAUAAGGAAAGGUUUUUUUUUUCUCUCUCACUUAAUGCAAGGUCUUCUUACAAGAUAUUUAAUUACUGCACAAAUUGGAAAUGCAGUGUGACGUAGGUUCUUCUUUUUUACCGUGCCGUUGCAGUGGUGUGAUACAAACUUGACAGAUUGGCCCUGUGAAUUUAAAUGGGUCGUGAUGAAAUUUUGUUUCUUCGGAUUUCUGUUACUCCUUUCCAAAUUUGUCCUUCAUUACUGUUAUUAGGCCCGCACCCCACUACACAAUCCACCUGCAUCAGUAUGCUAGAAUUACUUAAAGGGAUGGUUUGGGCUGAAAAUAUUUACAUCUAAAUAAACAGAGUAAAAUUCACAGAGCAUAAUGCUGAAAAUUUCAUCAAAAUCGGAUAACAAAUAACAAAGUUAUUGAAUUGUAAAGUUUGGCAUUAUUUUGUGAAAACAGUUUUAUGCCCAUCGUCGUGAAUAUUCAUUAGGUGGGCUGAUGAUGUCACAUCCCCACACUCCCUUUUCUCAUGUUACUACAUGAAAUCAUAAAUGUUUCAUUUUUUCAUACAUGUGUAAGUGAUGUGUUCCAUUAUGAUGAAAUAAGUUGCGGCAAUAAAUAACUAAUACACUUAAUCAGUUGUCAAUGUAAUUGUUUUAAUUUUUGGUAAAAAUGUUUUGAAUAAACCUAAUUUCGAAUAAUAAAAUACAAAAGAACAUGUGGGGAUAUGACAUCAUCAGUCCACCUAAUGAAUAUUCAUGAAGACAUGCCUAGAACUGUUUCAUCUGAAUAAUGCAAAUCUUUAGAAUUAAAUAACUUCGUUAUUUGUUAUCCAAUUUUUAUCAAAUUUUCAGCAUUUUGCUCUGUGAAUUUUACUCUAUUUAUUAAGAUAUAUAUAUCUCCAGACUGGACCAUCCCUUUAAGUAGCUUGCAGGUAGAUGAUGUAGUGUGGUGGGCUUGAUUUGGAUGUAUCUAUUUUAAAUACAAUUCCUGACAUUAUUUGUGAAAUACUAUUUAUUCUUACCUUUCUGAAAGUGGAAGGCAUCAUUUUUUGGUGUGAAUAUACUGCUCUUAAGAUGUCAUUUUGUGUAAGAUACUGAUCCGACUCGUACUGAUAUUGUGGACGGACAUUUGUAGAUACCUCUAUUCUCUCUCUCGAUCUCCUCUUUUUUUUUUUGAUGUGUACAGUUGAAGUAAAUUAUAGUACGGAUGGAUGGUUCGUAGAUAGAGCUGUCAGAUAUGCAGUGGUAGGCUAAGGAUGUCAUGUUUCCGUUUAAGAAAGUAAUAGUUGAUGAUUUAAGAUGUUUCUGUGUCUUCGUAAAAGGGGGAUGCCUCGGGUUUGAAGCUAGAGCAGCGUGGAUCUUUGCAGUUGCCAGAAAUACUUGUAUCUGUAACAGAGACAUCAUGUGGGGUAAGCUGAGACGAUGUCCCAGUGAGACAUUCUUCGGCAAGGCCUGUGUAGCUUCGGGCAACUGUCCGGCAACUAGCCUUCGGGCAACCAUGGAAAGUGAGAUAAUGAGUUUACCAUACGGCUGUUUCCAGUGGCUUUAGCCAUUACAUAACCUCUGCUGGUCACAAAUUUCACUCUUCUCUGGGCAGAUGAUAACUGAUACCCCGUUUAGAUCUAUCUCUCUCUGGUGUCACACUAGACGAUCGUCUGGAGCAAACACGGUAUGAAAUUCCCUAUCAAAACACGAGGUGCACAUUGGGGCCGUUGAAUUCAUCUGCGGUGAUCGCGAGGUACAUCACGUCCCUUUGGACUCGCGAGUUGCGUUGUCAUGGUAAAAUGUCAAUUAAGGAGGAAAGCGCGCGCUGCGCAUCGAUCGCUCGGAUGUAGGAGUUCCGUUUACUAUGUCGAGUUUACGCCGAGACCGUUUAGAUCUACAGUCUAACGGAGGAUCACGCCGUGUGACCUCGCGAUCAUGCUUGACUAUCUAGGGUAAUAUUUACCUUGCGAUUACCUCAGACCUGCGGUAACCUCCUAGGAUACCUCGCAUUUGGUGGUAGAUCUAAACGGGGUAUGAGUUAAUUGCACCGGCUCCUGCCUGAAGGUUCACGCUUGCUGAUUAUAAGGAUAAUGUGUAAAUAUCGAUGAAAGAUAUAGGAAUGGAUUGAAAUAAAAGACAAAUAGGACUAGGGAAAGGUGCACAUGCAAUAUAUUGUGCAAAGCUCUUUAUAGAACCACACUUAUGUAGAUGUACGAUGUUACUAUUUGAUAUCAUGUACAGUAUUUGCAAAUAGAUAUAAAAAUAUAUUUUACUGGAAAAAAAAAUUGUGGGAAAUAUUUGUUACUCAGUCUACAUAAAAUAUGUAUAUUAUAAGAUUUGUUUAGGAAGAAAGGAGAACUUUAUUUGAAGCUGAAAGAGAAAAAAUCAUCUAUUUAAUAUGAAAUUGCCUCAUUUUUUCCCAUAGUGGAUUUGUACUUGAUACACUUUACCUGCAGGUUAAAGAUAAUUUUUCUAUUUUCUAGUUUAUAGAUGAACUUUAUUUGAUGUAUUUUUCUGAACCGAUUGCAUGAUCUAUUGAACUACCAUAAAGAUGUUUUAUCUUUUUACUUCUUAUUGUAUGUAUUUAUGUGGUGAUUGUGAGUGCAUUUCAAAUAAUACUUCUUCAGAAUGCCUAUGAUGUGCGCAUACAUUCGUAAUUCCAAAGCUUCGUUAUUCCGAAGGUUCGAAUAUUCCGAAGGUUCGUUAUUCCGAAGGAUCGUAUUUCCGAAGGUUCGUAAUUCCGAAGGUUCGUUAGUCCGAAAACGAAAUGAGGUUCGUAAUUUCGAAGGUUCGUUAGUCCGAAAACAAAGUGAGGUUCGUAAUUCCGAAGGUUCGUUAAUCCGAAAAAGAAACGAGGUUCGUUUGUCCGAAAACUAAAUGGUUAACUAACCUUAUUUCGUUUUCGGACUAACGAACCUUCGGAACAAUGAACCUUAUUUCGUUUUCGGAUGAACGAACCUUCGGAACAAUGAACCUUAUUUCGUUUUCGGACAAACGAACCUUCGGAACAUCGAAGCUUAUUUCGUUUUCGGAUUAUCGAACCUUCGGAAUAACGCCACAAAUGUUCGGAUUAACGAAACCUUUUACGUUUUCGGAUUAACGAACAUCGAGGUAUAGGCAAUUUGCGUGUUUCGGAAUUACGAACCUUCGGAAUAAAGAACCGUCGGAAUUAUGAACCUUCGGAAUUACGAAGUGUAACCAUGAUGUGUGGUAAAUAUGAAAUGUCCAUUUUGGAAAAAAAAAUAUCAUUAUCAUGUCAAAAUGAGACGCACCAUAUGAUGUUCUGCAGAUGUGUAUGAUAUAAUCAUUGUCAGAAUGGUCAUGUUUAUAUAAAAUCAGCACUAUUUUGAUCAGUGUUUGGUGAUCGUUGAUGUCCUCGGCAUAUAUGCGGAUUCAUCAAUUUCUGUUGAUUAUUUAUUGACUGUUCAUUAAAGUGGAUCAAAGAGUUUAUACAAAAACAAAAACAUCAACAAAAAUAAGUUUUUUAUAAAAAAAAAAAAUCCUACAUUGUUUUGUUUAUUUCCAUGUGCUCAGCAUACAUGCAAAAUCACAAACCUUUGUCGAUUAUUUAUUCAUUUUUUCAUGAAAAUUCAACAAAAUUGUCCAACAUUCUUUGAUGUACUAUCAUGUUUUUAGCAAAAGUGCAAAUCACCAACUGCUGUUAAUCAUUUU